AUGGCCUUUGAGAUAGCAGACUACAGUCUUGUCGCCGACGACGACAUCACCACCAUCACAACGACCGUCGUGGCUACGUACACGCUGUUCUCCAACGCGGUGACCGGGAUCGGCCACCAGAGACAGACACAGGCCAAACGGUCGCAGCUGUCGCUCACGCUCGGGCUCGUGCUGCCUCUGGCAGUCGUUGCAGCAGCCAUCGCCGGCCUCUACACGUGGCAUCUGUUCCGCAGGCGAAGCAGGCGAAGCACACCUACGCGCAGCUACGCAGCUCCCGUGCUGGCUAUUUCGCGCACGGCAACAGUCGGCAGCACAGAAUCGUCGCUCUCAAAACUCUCCAUCCGCAGCUCGGAACACAGCGCGAUGGAGUCGCCGCGGGUCGUGCGGUUUGGCCCGCUAGAGACACAGUGGAUUAGCACGCCAAUUGCCGCGUUCAAGGGCAUGGUGCGCAGGAGCACGCACGCGAUCGUGGACAGGGCCGGGGCCGCGGUCGAAAGUUCGCCCGUGUUCCUGAAAUCGUUCAAUCUGAAGGCCAGAGACGCCGAGGCCACAGAGCCCGAGACACAGCCCGUGGUGGCCCCGUUGAAAAACACGCAGCUGCUGAAAUUUGCGCGCCACUCAGCCGCACCAGGCUAG